AUGGAGAAUGAGGAUGAUCAACCAACAGGGACCAUUGUGAUUAGACAGCCAACUAGGAUGGGUGCAUCUUUGCCCGCAGUGCCAACAAAGUCCAAGGAUGCAACCAAAGAGGUAAAACAGGUGGAAGUGAGGACUAAGAUUGGCCGAGUGCAGCCAAAGACGAAAGGAAAGGGAAAGGAGAAGGUCGAGAAAAUUACCAAGCCAGAACAGGCCAAAAAGCCCAUCUCUAUAACCACCAGAGCAGCCAUGCAUCAGUUUCAACCAACACUGAUCUUGGUGUCUGAGGAUGCUAUGGAUGAUACUGAUCAGGUUGUCCAAGGUAAUGAUGACACUGAUAUGCCCGAUGUCACUGACCUCCAGCAGGAGACUGAUAUCGCUACCAAGAUGGUGAUUGAGCCUGAGGUGAAGGAUCAACACACAGCAGGCCAGUCUGGAGCUAUUGCUUUGGUUGAUGACUUUCCAGCCGACCAUUGGCAGAAGGAAACCAAUGUCAUCCCCUUGCCCAUUUAUCCAGCAAUGCCUGCCACUGAUCGCCCUUCUUCAACACCUGCACCAUCCAACACUCAUGAACAUGUCCUUGCCCUUGCUGCUCAGGUCACUGCCAUGGAAAUGGCCAACCGGAAUGCUGUUGCCAGGGUCAAUGCGAUGGAACAGGACUUCAACUCACGUAUCUCCUCCAUGCGUCUCAAACUUUUGGUGAUGCAGCUCAAUCAUGGUAGAGAAGCUUCGGCAGAAGUCAUUCCAAAUCCAUUGUUCCAACCACCGACAAUGAGCUAUGGCAAUAGUUCCUCUGCCACAGUAUUUGGCAUGAGGUACUUGAACAGUAUUUUUGGCCCUUUGGUUCCUCCCAUCCCACAGUCGGCCAAUAUCGGUCAACAGUCAGCAUAUGGCCCAUCCGCUUGUCUUGACAUACAGGGCACCACAUUCACUAGUGGACAAGCAUCUUCCGCAUCUAAACUCGCUGGUCCCUCAUCCACUCCUGCUGCUGUUGGACCCCAUUGCCCUGCCACAUCACCUGUUUCUACCAUGCGCCCCCUUCCCUAA